AUGGAUAUCCGAAUAGCAGUUGCUUUUGCAAUCAGUCUUAGUGUAUGCGUGAUUACUUUAUCAUUAAUUGCCGUUAGUAUGAUUUUCAAUGAUAUCAACAAUUUAUAUGAUGAUGUAAUGGAUGAAAUGGAACAAUUUAAGGUGGUAGUGGAUGAUACGUGGACGAAAAUUGUGCAACUUCACGCUAAACCAAGCGGGAUAGAUUUUACUCGGCAGCGCAUUAUUAGCAAAGUUUUUAUGGGAAGAAUCAAACGUCAAGUCAACAAAUGUGGCCAUAAGCCAACGAACUGUCCAAGAGGUCCACCCGGCCCUGCAGGUGAUAAAGGUGAAAAAGGCCCAGACGGUAUACCUGGAAUCGAUGGUGCAAAAGGAGUGGAAGGCACAGCACUUCUAGCGACUUAUCAUAUACCAGGUGGAUGCAUAACUUGUCCUCCUGGAGCACCAGGGUUGCCAGGAGUGGAUGGAUUAGAAGGUGAACAAGGUCCGAAUGGACAAAGUGGAUUGCCGGGAAGAAAUGGGAAAAAUGGACCAAGAGGACUAAUCGGAGCACCUGGGGAAGUAGGAGAACCUGGACCAGUAGGAGCAGUAGGAAAGCAUGGACGAGAUGGACGCAAUGGCAAAAGAGGUAUUGGUCCAGCAGGUCCCAAAGGACCUAAAGGACCACGUGGUUCUCGAGGAGAACCAGGACCAAUUGGUAUACGUGGCAAUGAUGGUAUACGUGGUGAAGCAGGUGCACCUGGUCGACCUGGUCUUGAUGGCAAACCUGGUAAAGACGGACGCCCAGGAAUGUCUGGUUCGCGUGGUAUUCCAGGACCAGAUGCACAUUAUUGUCCUUGCCCAAUAUUAUCAAGUGGAUAG